AUGGAGUACACGGUAUAUGGCUACGAGGGUAACCCGCGGACACGGAUUAUCCGAAUUAUUGCCCAUUCGCAAGCUAUCAAAAUUAAUCUGUCCGAGGUAAUACCACGUCAAAAUCUCAACAGAGAUGCGUUGACGGAAAAGUUUCCGCGCGGUCGCGGGAAGAUUCCGGCGCUCGAAGGCGAAAACAUUAAGUUGACAGAGGUACCGGCAAUUGCUCAUUAUCUAGCAAAGGUUAAGCCCGGUCGCUUACUUGGUGAUGGGUCGCUGGAGCAAGAGGUUGAGGUCAUGUCCUGGGUCAACUGGGCGAACCAAGAAAUGCUCAUGAUCAUGAGCAAGUGGUUUCUGCCGCUCAUCCCCGGACUGGCCCGGCCCGCGUCAUACGACAAGGCCGCCGUCGACGCGGGCAAGGCCGCCACGCUCGCGUUCCUCGACGAGCACGAGGCGGCCAUCAAGGACAAGGAAUUUCUCGUCGGCGACGGCUUCACCCUUGCAGACAUUUUCGUUGCGAUCUACAUCUCGCGCGGGCUCGAGUGGGUUCUCGGAGCGGAGUGGCGGCGGCAGCAUCCUGCGACGAUGAAGCAUUUCGAGAGGGUCGCCAGCUGGGAGCACUGCAAGGCGAUUGUGCCCGAGUUUAAGCAGGUUGAGGUGGAAGUGCCCAAUGUCAAUCCAUACGCCUCCUAG